GUCUUGAAGAAGCUAGAGGAUUGCCUAGCGAAGAUUGAGACCAGCGAAGGGUUCAAGAAGAUGUUGGGCCUGCAGCCAUCUCAGUAUUUGGCAUCGUUGAAUGAGAGGCAAACUGCUGACCUUAUUUAUCGUGACAAUGCCCGGAUUAAGCACUCCCAGAGCAAGCGCCUGGAAUUGGAAAUCUCUGAUAAAUCUGAGCUAGUUCCAGCUCCGGUUUCUAUUGUUCAGCCUGCUCAUGAUCUAUCGCCAUUGAGCAAAGCUCUGAUUGAUCAUCUCCGGCGUGCUUCAGCAACCCCAGUGAACGGCAAGAAAAUUCUUUUUGGAGGAAAGAAGAGCUGGCUUGGAGACAUGUUGUCCAUGCUUCAGUCAUCCUUUGCGCAACCACCGCCCAGUCGGAAGCAGCUGGGUGCUCCUGCUCCUGAUGAUCCUGAUGGCAGCCGUGAACUUGGUAUCCAAGAGUUUUUGACAUCAGUGCAAGAUGAACCUUCAGUGUCACCAAUGGACAUUGGCGUUUCCAGUGUUGUUCCUUUUGAGAGAAGGAUCACCAAUCGGCCUGAUGAAUUGGGUGGUGGCAGUGCCUUCUCAUUCAUGGCCGGAGCGUGCGCUUCUAAUUUCCCAUCUGUUGUCCAAGCAGGCUCAGCGACAGACUCUGCCAGCCUGUUGUUGGACAGUGAAUUCAUUUUUUUCACCGUUGUCUCCGAGAACAUGAACAGCUACAAGUUGCUGGGGACUCAAAUGGAGUCAUAUGACGUGAUGGUCCAACCCUACAUUCCAACCGCUGGAAGUGAAGUAGACGACCAUGCCACAGACAUCACCUUG